AUGGAAAAGCUCAAAUCGCGUCUCGGAGCACGGCCCAAGUAUCUUCCUGUGGAAGCAAGUGACCAGAUUGAAGAUUCUACUCAAAGCAGUCAACGCGAUGCGCUUCAAAACAAUAAUGCUACUCGGGAAGGCAGGCUGGACGCUGCGGACGAUUGGGCCAAGACCAGGAAUCGCUUUACUCGCAUCCACUAUCUAGCUUCCUUCCAGGGCCUAGUGAUCGUUUUGCUUGUUCUUUUCAUCUUUGUUUCCCACCGUCGCAGAGCUGCCGGAAGUGUUCAUCUCGGGACUGAUCCGAGCGGGUUUGUUCCCAAAGGUGUUGGAGAACCGCCCAGAUGGACGAAAUACGACGAUUUAAGCGACGCACACCACUUCAGAGAAGACGUCUUUGAGAGCAUCGAGAAUGUCCGGAAAGCUGCCAGCCAUUUCAAAACACUCCACAACGCCUCUGGAGUGUACAUCAAUGGAGACUACAGCACAUACAGGGGCUUUGACAACGAAACACAUGACCUGCCACCUUAUGUUACGAGGAAGGGAUCAGAGCUAUACAGCAUCCGGGCAUUUCACCAGAUGCACUGCGUGUCAAUCAUACUCGAGGACAUUGGGUACCGAAUACACAACAUGAGCUCUAAAUGGACGACCGGACAUGUGAUCCACUGCAUCAACACUCUGCGGGCGGCAGUAACUUGUCUGGCUGAUGCCACACCCAUAUCGGGCGUCGGCCACACCACGGAUGAUCAACAAGCAUGGUGUCGGGAUUUCUAUGCGCUGAGGGAGUGGGCGCAUGAUCCGGUCAGGGCGGUGCGGUGGAUGAACAUGGCCCCCGCCGACGAGCCGGACCAAUAUGUAGAACUAGACAGAGAUACCUGA